GGGGCUUUCAAGAGACCAUCUAUCUACUUCCGCUUCAUCUUUUACAGCGGAGUUGCCAUUCACUGCCCCGCGGCAUGACGUCUGUGCUGUUCCUCUGCUUCCUCACCGCAUCGACUGUUGGGCUUAAUGUGAUCCAGCCAGUUACAAUUCUUGCCAUUUCUGCAACGAAUCCCCUGUAAGACAGCCGGAUCUGUCAUCAUCUUAUUCGAGGAAAAUAUACCAUCGAUUUCUCAGGCGAUAAGGUGAAGAAAUUUCGCCCCUACUUUUCUGUCCUGCUUCGCCAGAAAUUCGUACGAUCUUUAAUUCGGCUGUCUGUCCGGUCGGGCGACUCUUGGCCGAGGCUAGAACCUAUUUCCCCGACGUGCUGGGUCAUACAUAAUAUAGGAAAUUUCCAACAGAAAGACAGUUCGAUUGCUAAAAUGACUUCUGGGAGCUCGAAUCGGAGAGGCUCUGGUCACAAGAGCUUCUUUGCCAGUUCAGAUGAAACAAAAAUCUGUGUGGUCAUGGUUGGCCUUCCAGCCAGGGGCAAGAGUCUCAUAGCUGGAAAGGCGAUGCGAUAUCUUGCUUGGGUUGGUAUUCCAGCGAAAGUGUUCAAUGUUGGCACCUAUCGGCGACAGGGAACUCCGCAGCCAACAGCUACUUUUUUUGACCCUCAUAACACCGAAGGGGAGAGAAUGAGGAGAGCCGCGGCAGAGGCGGCAAUGUCAGACAUGCUCAACUGGUUCAAAGCCGGCAAAGGCGUUGUAGCUAUUCUUGAUGCGACCAACUCCACAAAAACGCGACGUCGGUGGAUCUACGAGACCUGUCGCGAUGCUGAUAUUGAGACUCUGUUUGUCGAGUCAAUAUGCGACGACGAGGACCUCAUAAUGAAUAAUAUCCUCGAAGUCAAAACCACCUCACCGGAUUACAAGGGACAGGAUCCCGAAGUAGCCGCCAUGGAUUUUCGAAACCGCAUCCGCAAUUAUGAGAAGGUUUACGAAACCAUUGAUGAUAAUGAGAAACAUUUCACAUAUGUAAAACUCAUCAAUGUCGGCUCCACUGUCAUCAUCAACCAAAUAAAAGACUAUCUUUCAAGUCGAUUGGUGUACUACAUUCAGAAUCUACAUAUCAAGCCUCGCUCAAUUUGGCUUUCUCGCCAUGGCGAGUCUGAAUAUAACCUCACGGGAAAAAUUGGCGGAGACUCAAACAUUUCAGCACGGGGCGAAGCUUAUGCUCGAGCUCUUCCCGGUCUUCUGCGAAAGUCUGGAGUUCCUGCUAAUGCCAAAGUCGUCAUUUGGACUUCCACUCUCAAACGAACGAUACAAACUGCUCGGCACCUGGCGGGUGAGACAGGCUACGAGAAAUUAGAGUGGAAAGCUCUCGACGAACUUGACUCCGGUGUCUGUGACGGGCUCACGUACGAGGAGAUUGCAGAGAGGUAUCCCGAUGACUUUGCAGCGCGUGACGAAGACAAGUACAACUAUCGUUACCGAGGUGGCGAGUCCUACCGUGACGUUGUCAUUCGUCUGGAACCAAUCAUCAUGGAACUGGAGCGCAGUGAAAAUGUCAUCAUCGUCACUCAUCAAGCUGUUUUGCGCUGCAUCUAUGCGUACUUCCUAAACAUUCCUCAGGAGCAGAGCCCGUGGAUGGAGGUUCCUCUUCAUACGUUGAUCAAGCUCACGCCUCGUGCGUACGGCACCGAAGAACAGCGCUUCAAAGCUGAUAUACCCGCUGUCUCCACUUGGCGUGCAAAGGGCACCUCAGCGAAGCAUCAGGAUUUUCCCACCGAAGUAAAGCAUUGAAGCGCAGAUAUAUAUUCACAUUCUCUCCCGGCUUUUUGGGCUUGUUCAGUUCUCCCGCAGGCUGUGCCUCAUCCUUUACCCACCAAUGUUCAUCAGAGUCUCGUGCCUGGUCGCCAAGACCAGCAAGCUUUUCUACAUCUUGUAAUGGACGCCUCUCAUGAUAGCCUUGUUCUUGCUCGACAGUGCUUUCUAUUUUCGAGCAUAUGAUCAGUCAACUCAGUGGAUAACACCGGUUGUACCGAUGUUGCAACGUCCGACUAUUUAAUGGACUGCUCGAUAUUUUUGAUUGCUCUUCCCUUUGCCCUGUUUCAAUUGUUCUCUCCUCAAUGCAUAGAGCUCCCUACCCGUCAUCCUGUCUAGUCCAUUGGUCCCGGCUGCAGCCGGGGAGAUCUUCAGAUACCAGAGGCACUUGAAGCGCAAAGUGCUUUUAUGUCACAUAUAAGUCUCAUCUAUUUUAGAACUGUAUAUCGCUG